CCUCUCUGAAGCCUAACAACCGGCGCGGGCAGGAUCGCGACUCCUGUUUCCGCCCGGCAGUCAGAGUGCCGGACCAGUUUCCGGCAGCGUGUGCCGCUUGAGCCCAGCGGCUUCCAGCCGGCUGUGAGUCUUCGCUGGGAACAUGGGGAAAGUGAGGAGCCUGAGGGCCCGGGUGCACCAGAAUGCCGUGAGGCCCACGGGGGAGGCAGCGCCCGGCCUCGCGUCCCCCGCCCGGGAGGUAGCCCCUCUGCAGGCCUCGACUGGUGGAGUCGCGGGGAAGGAGUUGGCUUGCCUGAACGCUGAUGUGUUUGCUGGGACCACGAUAGACCCCAGUGCCUUGGUGCAGCAGCUGGAUGUGGAGACGAGGAGCGUCACCUCCAUCAAGAGAGGUGCUGAGGCCAAGACUGUUCUGCCCAAGAAGGAGAAGCUGAAGCUGAGGCGCGAGCGGUGGCUGCAGAAGAUUGAAGCCAUAAAGCUGGCGGAACAGAAGCUCAAGGCGGAGAGGAGGCGGAGGGCCACGGUGGUGGUGGGGGACCUGCAGCCCCUGAGGGACGCCCUCCCUGAGCUGUUGGAGCUGGAGACCGGCGGCCGGCGGCCCCCCACCCGACGGUCCUUCCUGCCGUGUGGCACCUGUAGCCUUCCAAGCCAGCCGAGAGCCCUGUGUAGACUGUGGCCUCCAGUCGAGACUCGAAUGUGCGCCAUGCUGACCCCUUUCUCCGUGUCCCCAGCAGGGCGGCCAGCAGGCCCCGGCCCGCCGAGCUGAGCCGGAUGAGCGCCGUGCAGAGACUGCAGCUCCUUGAGGAAGAACGGACGCGGUUCCAGGAGCUGCUGGCCAGUCCGGCCUAUAGAGCCAGCCCUCUGCUGGCCAUUGGGCAGCGGUUGGCUGAGCAGAUGCAGCUGGAGGGCGGUGGGCAGCCCUGACCCCGUGGGGCGUGUGAGAGCGCCGAGGCCACCCACGAGGAGGUGCCCAGGGCCGGUUUGGCCACUGUCCCCUGGGCUGCCAGCCCCUUCCUCUGCGACACGGCUGCUGUGCUUGGCACAGGCGGGAGACAGGCAGUUGACACAGGAGUAUUGUGACGACACAUGUAUUUUUGCAAUAAAAACACUGCUGGAAA